UCGAUCACUGCCACGCCCUUCCUUUCAAGACCAGUCAGCCCCACAUGUCCUGAAGAUUUCUUACUGAAUUAGACUAAGGAGUGAUCACUGAGGCCCUGCUGGACUAAACUUUCCUUGACAUCGCCUUUGUAUUUCGACAAACUCCACCACUAGAAAUAUGGCACGCUUCAUCAGCAACAACAAGGGAGAAAGCGAGGAGGUCCGUCAGAAGAUGAAGAAUUACUGGCAAGUGUACCGACCCUCCCUAGAGUCUAUGAUGCUUUCCGAUAAAGCUGUCUAUCUGCACGAGAACGACCAGAACGAAAUUUUCUCCUACCUGCCCAGCUACCAAGGCAAACGAGUCCUGGAACUCGGCGCAGGCAUUGGGAGAUUUACCUCUAAGUUAGCAACAAUAGCGGGUCAUGUGACAGCCGUGGACUUCAUGGAGCAGUACAUCGAGAAGAACCGAGAAGAGAACGGCCACUUCAAAAACGUGGCCUUCAAGUGUGCCGAUGUGACCAAAUUGGACUUCCCUGCCGGAUCAUUCGACUUAGUCUUCAGCAACUGGCUCUUCAUGUACCUCAGCGACGCCGAGACGGACGGCGUUUUCCGCAAGAUUAUAGACUGGCUCACGCCCAACGGUCACUUCUUCCUCAGGGAGUCUUGCUACCACCAAUCAGGCAACAUGGCGAGGAACAACAACCCCACCCUGUACCGCACGCCGAUCGACUACUGCCAGAUGCUGCAUCAAAUCUCUUCCGCUAACAAGGCAGGCUACAAGAUCAUCCGUGGGAAAAGCAUCCUCACCUACAUCCAGUACCACGGGAACCCAAACCAGAUGUGUUUCUUGGCGCGGCGGGUGGACGGGAAGGAGCUGGACCAACUAGGACAGUACCUUGAAUCCCGCGACUCGGUGGAGUUCAUCAGGGCAAAGGAGAGGAUCUGCGGUCACAACUGGCUCUCCACAGGGGGCGAGUUCACCACAAGGGAUUUCUGUGCCCAACUGGGUCUCCACCCAGACCAGAGAGUGCUAGACGUGGGCUGCGGCACGGGAGGCUCCGCGGUGUACCUCGCUCGCCAGUACGGAGUUCACGUGCACGGCGUCGACCUCUCCUCCAACAUGAUCCACGUUGCCAUUGAGAGACAAAGCAAGCUGGAGCAUCAGGUCAAGAAGAGACUGCAAUUCGAAAUCAGCGACAUCCUGAUGGUGGAGUACGAGGCUGAAUCUUACGACGUCAUCUACAGCCGCGACAGCCUCCUCUACAUUGGUGACAGGGACAAGCUCUUCAAGAAAUUCUUCAGAUGGCUUCGGCCCGGCGGGACUCUCUUUAUCACUGACUUCUGCACCGGAGCCGUCCCGCCCUCCAAGGACUUCCUGAACUUUACAAGCUGUCACUCUCUCUGCCCCAUGGAGACCUACGAAGCAGAGCUGCGCAGCGCGGGAUUCACGGACGUAGCGGCCAGAGAUCUCCGAUGGGAAGCCAAUGACGUACACCAGAGAGAGCUGACUGCCUUCACCGCCGCCCAAGAGGCUUUCAUCGCAGACUUUGACGAAGACCAAUACGCUGCCAUCACAGACCUCUGGACCAACAAGGAACACUUCUCUUUCCUGAGUAGUGAGGUCAUCAUGAGCAGAAAGACGGAGGCCGCCUCACAGAAAUUCCUGGACACCAACCAGUACUCCAACGAUUCCAUUCUCAGAUAUGAGAGAAUCUUUGGCCACACCUGGGUGUCCACGGGAGGAGAAACGACCACCAAGGAUUUUCUAAUAAAACUGGGGCUGGAACCUGGACAGCGAGUGCUGGACGUAGGCUGCGGCACGGGCGGCUCAGCCUUCUUCAUGGCCAGGCAAUAUGGCGUCUACGUUCAUGGCCUCGACCUUUCCACCAACAUGAUUUCCAUUGCUCAAGACAGACUCAGUCGUGAAUACAAGAAUAUACAGGAAAAGGUAAAGUUCGAGUUGGCGGACGCAACUAAGGUGGAGCUUGAGAAAGACGGCUACGAUGUCAUCUACUCGCGAGAUACCAUCCUCCAUAUUCCAGACAAGGAAAACCUCCUAAAGACUUUUUAUACGUGGCUGAAACCUGGAGGCACACUGUUUAUCACUGAUUAUUGUCGCGGGGACCAAAAACACUCGCAGUUCUUGGAAUAUGUUCAUAGGAGAGGUUAUGACUUGCGGACUGUGCAAGAGUAUGGGAAGGUGAUAGAGCAGGCAGGCUUCCGAGAGGUGCAGGCAGUGGACCUCACACAGACCUUCAUCUCCAUCCUCACCAAUGAACUCAAGUACUUCCAACCCCAAAGGAAGGCUUUCAUCAAGGAUUAUUCUGAGAAAGCCUUCCAGGAUAUUGUGGAUGGAUGGAAAGCUAAGCUGGUUCGCUGUGGGGCUGGUGACCAGGCCUGGGGAAUGUUUUUGGCUAAAAAGUAAUGGGCUUUAUCCUGUAUUUUAAGCACACCAAUAACAACUUUCUUUAAGAAAGCAA